CUCACUCACUCGGCUAAGUGACAAACAGGAAGUUGGGCUAAGAGAGCUGAGGCCCAGAUGAACGCUCUCUCAUAAACUGAGGCUUAUAACCUUAUAAGGCCACGGUUUACUGAAACUGUUAGAAAAUUCUCGAUGUGUUGUUCAUCUUUCUAAAGCUGAAGGAUUCUGAUGACUUCAGCUGGGCUUAACUGCUCAUCACAGCAUCCAACGUUAUAGACUGACCAUUGAUGAACUCCAUUUUUGAUGACAUCUGGCUCCGGUUCCUUUGAGCCCAUGAACUAGGAAGCCAUAAUGGCAAAACUGAAAGAAGAGCUCUGGAAAACCCUGCGGGACCUGAAAGAAGAGGAGUUUGAGAAUUUCAAGUGGUUUCUCAAGGAUGAUGGAAUCUUGGAGGGCUUGUCAGGCAUCCCAGUGGCUCAGCUGGAGAAGGCAAAAAGGCAGGACACGGUGGAUCUAAUGGUACAGAAAUAUCCAGGUCCUGGAGCUCUGAAGGUAACCUUGAAGAUUUUAGAAAACAUCCACAGGAAUGAUCUGGUGCAGCGCCUUCAAAACCUCUGCUUAGGACCAAAAUAUGUUGCUAAGAAAGAAGAGUAUAAGGGAGAGAAGCCCAAGCUCCAGUGGGUGCAGCAGUUUGCAGUGGAUGUGACUCUGGAUCCUGAUACAGCACAUCCUCACCUCAUCCUGUCUGCUGAUGGGAAACAAGUACGCCAUGGUGACGUGAGGAAGAAACUCCCAAACAACCCUGAGAGAUUUCACAGAUGUGUGAACGUCUUAGGAAAGCAGAGUUUCUCUUCAGGAAAAUUUUACUUUGAGGUUCAGGUUAAAGGGAAGACUGCCUGGACUAUAGGAGUCGCCAAGGAGUCGAUCGAAAGGAAGAGAGGUAUCACACUGGAUCCUAAAUAUGGUUUCUGGACUAUUCAUUUAGAGAAUGAAGAUGAUUACAUGGCGAUUGAUGACCCUUUAGUUGAUCUCCCUCUGAAUCACCAUCCUCAGAAGGUGGGAGUGUUUGUGGACUAUGACAAGGAUCUGGUCUGCUUUUAUGAUGUAGACGCUGCAGAUCUUCUCUACUCCUUCACUGGCUGCUCCUUCACUGAGAAACUCUACCCAUUCUUCAGUCCCUGUACUAAUGAUGGUGGUUUAAACUCUGCCCCUUUGAUCAUCUCUCCUGUCAAUCACCCACCAAGCCUUAAGACACAUGACUUAAGUGAUCAGAAGGAAGACUACGAAAGAAAAGCGCCUGAGCUGAAGAGCGUCCAACAGUUUGCAGUGGAGGUGACUCUGGAUCCUGAUACAGCCCAUCCUGCUCUCAUCCUCUGUCAUGAUAGAAAGCAAGUCAGCUGUGGUGAUGUAUUUAAGAAACUCCCAAACAACCCUAAAAGGUUUACGAAAUGUGUGAACAUCUUAGGAAAACAAAGUUUCUCAUCUGGAAAAUUUUACUUUGAGGUUCAGGUUAAAGGGAAGACUGCCUGGGAUUUGGGAGUGGCCAAAGAGUCAAUCCAGAGGAAAGCCCACAUCACAACAAGCCCAGAAAAUGGUUUCUGGACUAUAAUGUUGAGAGAUGGAGAUGACUACGGAGCAAUUGAUGACGAUCUUGUUUUCCUCUCUCUGAAUCAGCCUCCUCAGAAGGUGGGAGUGUUUGUGGACUAUGAUGAGGGUCUGGUCUGCUUUUAUGAUGUAGAUUCCGCAGAUCUUCUCUACUGUUUUACCGGCUGCUCCUUCACUGAGAAACUCUACCCAUUCUUCAGUCCCUGUACUUAUGAUUUUGGUACAAAUUCUGCCCCCUUGAUCAUUUGUCCUGUCAUUGACUUCAGUGAUCAGGAAGAACAUGAAAGAAAGAAGGCUGAGCUGAUGAGCGUCCAACAGUUUGCAGUGGAUGUGACUCUGGAUCCUGAUACAGCCCAUCCUAAUCUCAUCCUGUCCGAUGAUGGGAAACAAGUACAUCAUGGUGAUGUUAGGAAGAAACUACCAGACAACCCUUAUAGAUUUUACAUUUGUGUGAACGUCUUAGGAAAGCAGAGUUUCUCCUCAGGAAGAUUUUACUACGAGGUUCAGGUUAAAGGGAAGACUGCCUGGACUGUGGGAGUCGCCAAGGAGUCCAUGGAAAGGAAAGAAAGUAUUACAGUGAGUCCUGAAGGCGGUUUCUGGACCAUGUGGUUGAGGGAUGGCAACAGGUAUGAAGCUAAUGAUAACCCGUCAGUGCGUCUCUCCCUGAAGUCUAAUCCUCAGAAGGUGGGAGUGUUUGUAGACUAUGACGAAGGUCUGGUCUCCUUCUAUGAUGUAGAUGCCGCAGAUCUUCUUUACUCCUUUACAAGCUGCUCCUUCACUGAGAAACUCCUUCCAUACUUCAGUCCCUGUACUAAUGACAAUGGUACAAACUCUGCCCCUCUGAUCAUUUGUCCUGUUAGGCACAGUGUUUAAUCACACUUGCAGGUGUUUCAGUUAUUCUAGUUGGAGUUCUGCUCAGCUUGGCCAGAGUUAAGCUGCAAAUCACAGCAAGUCACUGAGCCGAACAUACAGCAGAUAUAAGAAUAAUAAAUGUCUAUAUUGUCUCAUCUUAAAGCACAUUGUAAAGGUUUUAAAUUGUUCUGAUACUACAUUUUGAAGAGAAGGUCUGACUUUGGAGUAUCUUGUAGUCCAUUAGUACAAAGGCACAGAUGGACGCACUAGACUGCAGCUCAGGCUGCAACCCAAACUGGACCCGAGCCAGAGAGAGUAGUAACCGAGCCUGACCUGAACCCGACAAGCGUUCUGUUUUCUAUGUCCAAACCUCACUCGAGCCCCACACAGUUACUGUAAGGGAAAGGCUCCACUCUGGUGCUGCUGCUGAAACACACAGCCAGCUCUCCUUUCAGCGCUGUGUCCAUUUUCUUGUGUCUCUCUUAAAACAAACUGAAAGACAACACAGUGAGGACGUCCAAAUCCAGUCCAGCUGUCCCAUUGGACCCUGUUGGCUCCUGUUGGGUCCCGUCGGAUCCCCUCGGAUCCCCUCAGGUGUGGGUAUCCAAAGUUGAGUCUGCUUGCCAUGUCUAUCAAAUGCAAAAGGGGCUAUACAGUAUGACAUCCUUGGAUUUCUGAUGAUUUCCCAUAUCCACAGUUGGUGGUAGUCAUGUAUGGUAACGAAGCAAUGCUUCAAGAAAAACAGUUUUUCUUCUACUUCAAUAGGUGCAACACAAGAGUAAGAAAGAUGUUAAUUAAAUAAGACAGACCUAAGACGAAGUCUCAUAUAGCAAAAGUUCAAAUGAAAACACCUCUUGGGAUGUACCACGGCUGGGAGGGGCCUUAUAAAUUUAAUCUGUGGUAAAAACUGUACAGCUCUUGAUUUUUUAAAAAGAUACAUUAUAUAUUUUGGGUAUUUUUUGAAAAAUGUAUUAUUGUUUUAUUUUUGAUAUUUUUUUCAAAUUUUAUUAUUUUUUCAUGCUUCUGACUGCUGCAAUGUUUGAUUUUACCUUUUCUUUUCUCUUACUAUGUUUAUUGUUGUGUAGCAAACAUCAAAGUGAAUAAACACAAUCCUGAUGCUGAUGACUUAUUUUAAUCACAAAUUCUGGUUAAUUUCUGUAUUGCUUCGCUUUCUUUUUAUGUGCUCUGUAUUCAUUUACUACUUUUACUACUGGAGCACAACUUUGACCUGUCUACACGACCAGUAUGUGCUCUAAAUAUAAACCACUGUUCCCCUACCUAUCAGUAAAUUGAAAUAUAAAGUUGAACAGUGGAAACACCAAAAACUGAGUGAGAAAUGCCAUCUUUAUUUUAGCUUUCAGACUUGUACAUGGAUGUAAAUGUGUAUUAAAUAAAAUUAGGCUGAUUGAUGGAUGGAUUGAUUAAUUGAUUGACUGAUACAGGGGCUGAUGGUGAUGUUUGUUUGGUAAUAAAUGUACACAGCAGGAAGACAGGCUUUUGAUUUAAGUUGUGUUGAAAAACAAGAGAAUUCAUUUUGCAACUCCAACAUGUCACUAAUGUGGAUCCAGUUUUGCAUUGCGAACUAACUAUCAAAUAAUCAAUUGAAUGUAAUGUAUUGGUUGUUUUUAUUGCCUGAGCAUUGCUAAAUAAAAGAAAUGUUAGACUGA